AUGAUGACCUCCAAUAUCUUAUCGCGUUUCCUCCCUCCAAACGGCUCCCCGUCAGUGUAUGAGACGAUUCGACAACACGACAAUCAUUCGGACGCUUCGGACGUGGAGGAGCGUGCAGGAAUGGCGUUUGAGGAUGAACAUGGGGACCGGUUCAGCGACCGUGAGCUGGAAGAUGCUCUAGCAGAUGCUGGGAGGGAUGACUCCCCCGGUCCGAGCGAACCGUUUCUCCCCCGAAGCCCGCCAACAAAAAGGGACGAGGGUGGCUUCCUCAAGGCCGGUUCUCGUCGCCGCAAGUUUAGUCGCUCUGGUCGGAUACAUGCAGCUUCACCGCGUCAUAAAUUCGAUGAUAGCGAUGAUGAUGUUCCUCCCUCACUCCUCGUGGAAGGAGAUCAAGAUGACGAUGACGUUUUGAGAUCGAAGCUCCCACCUCCGCCCCGAUCGAUUGACCCUCCGAAUGUUGAACCUCCGCCCAGACCAUCACCUCGAGACGACCGAGUCCACUGGGAAGCAGCCCGCGAUCGAUUACCGCUACAUGACACCAAUAGGCGGGCCCAUCAUGCAAGUCUGUGGUCAGCGGGAUAUCCGAACCUAGCACUGGUAGAUCCGAAAGAGAAGGCACUAUGGAUGUGGGCAAACGUGGAGAAUCUGGACAACUUUUUGAAGGAAGUCUACACAUACUUUCUUGGGAACGGAAUUUGGUCGAUUCUGCUGAACAGGGUUUUGAGUCUUCUGACAUUUGCAUUUGUCGUAGGAUUCAGCAUAUUCCUCACAAACUGCAUUGACUACCACAAGGUACGCGGGAGUCGAACUCUGGACGACAUUCUGAUUCAGAAGUGUACAAAGCAAAUGUCCAUGUCCGCUACCUUCUUACUAUGGCUGCUUUCUUUUUUCUGGAUUGGCAAGGCCUUUCAGUACUUGCUAGAUAUCAGAAGGCUCAAGCACAUGCAUGACUUUUAUCACUACUUGCUUGGAAUAUCGGAUGCUGAAAUCCAAUCAAUUUCCUGGCAAGAGGUCGUCAGCCGAUUGAUGACUCUGAGGGACUCCAACCCCGCGACUGCGGGUGCGGUCUCUGCGAAGCAUCGCAAGUUCAUGGGGAGUCAGUCCAAGCAGCGCAUGGAUGCUCACGACAUCGCGAACCGACUGAUGCGCAAAGAAAACUACCUGAUUGCGUUGAUAAAUAAAGAUAUACUAGACCUGACGCUCCCGAUACCGUUCCUGCGAAACAGGCAACUGUUCUCUCGGACACUUGAAUGGAAUAUCAACCUCUGCAUCAUGGAUUAUGUCUUCAACGAGCAGGGCCAAGUGCGGACGUUGUUCUUGAAAGAUACCCAUCGACGGGCCCUGAGUGAAGGCCUGCGACGGCGUUUCAUGUUCGCAGGCAUCAUGAAUAUCUUCGUAGCCCCCUUCAUUGUCGUCUAUUUCAUGAUGCACUAUUUCUUCCGCUAUUUCAAUGAAUACAAGAAGAAUCCAUCGCAGAUCGGAUCCCGACAAUACACCCCACUGGCUGAAUGGAAGUUUCGUGAGUUCAACGAGCUAUGGCACCUGUUUGAGCGGCGUGUCAAUAUGUCUUACCCUUUCGCGAGCCGCUAUGUGGAUCAGUUCCCCAAAGACAAGAUGGUGCAAUUCGCGGGUUUCGUGGCGUUCGUCUCUGGGGCACUGGCCUCGGUAUUGGCCCUGGCUUCCGUGGUGGACCCGGAGCUGUUCUUGGGCUUUGAGAUCACUCACGACCGGACCGUGCUUUUCUACUUGGGUGUCUUCGGUUCUAUCUGGGCUGUCGCGCAGGGUUUGGUACCCGAAGAGACCAAUGUGUUUGAUCCCGAAUACGCGCUCCUUGAAGUCAUCAACUUCACUCAUUACUUCCCAGGCCACUGGAAAGGCCGUCUGCAUAGCGACGAUGUUCGCAAGGACUUUGCCGUGCUGUAUCAGAUGAAGAUCGUCAUCUUCCUGGAGGAGAUCCUAAGCAUGAUCUUCACGCCGUUCAUCCUCUGGUUCAGUCUGCCCAAGUGCAGUGACCGUCUCAUCGACUUCUUCCGAGAAUUCACCGUCCAUGUCGAUGGGAUGGGAUAUCUCUGCUCCUUUGCGGUCUUCGACUUCAAGAAGGGUACCAACGUGAUCUCGCAAGGGGAUACGGGUCGACGGGAUGCUGCACGGCAGGACCUUCGGGCGGACUACUUUUCGACCAAAGAUGGUAAGAUGCUCGCAUCUUAUUACGGGUUCUUGGACAACUAUGGUGCCAAUCCGCGCAGUGGUCAUCCGUCAACCAAGCGGCAAUUCCACCCUCCACCCACAUUCCCGACCCUUGGUUCUCCAUCGGCCAUUGAGAUGGGCAAUUUUGGAGAUCGACCGGCCGCAGCUGGGCUGAUGGGUCAACAAUCUACAUACGGCGCCGCUCCUCGGUUUGGCCCCGCUGGCAUGGGCGACCAUCUCUCCCCGGCACCAUCAAUGCUGCUCGACCCGCACCAUCAGCCGUCGGCGUCAGGGUUCCGGUCAACGCACCGCGCUAACCCGUAUCCGCGCUAUAGGGCCUCGCGACCGCCUCCCACCAUCUCCGACCCCAUUGAAGAUGAAGAUCCUCCGGCGGGCAAAGGUCGUAGUGCGGUUAAAUCGUCGCCCGGGGUCGGGUCGAGCGGGGGCGGCAUAGGCACGAGUGACAGUAACUUGGGGGAGUCAUGGCGGAUGAACCUGGUCGGCGAUGAGGUUGAGGAGGAAGAUGAGGGCGGCGAGAAUGUCGACACCCUGGCUGGCGGUGGGGGUGUCCUGGGGCUCAUUCAGCAGUUUCAGAAAGUCAACCAGGACAAUCGGGGACGGACGACGGUUGGUAUAUAA